AGUCCAUUGACUGCUGUCCCUUGUGCAAUUUCCAGCGUCUGUCACUCCGUGUUUGGCAGUGCCCUUGCUGGUUUUUGGCAAGCUUCUUUUCAGGGACCAUCCGAGAGUUGAGGUCUCUAGCUAAGUUAUGGAAUGGCACAAAGCCGAGUGGUCUUACCAUCGAGAACUCCAUCGAGAACUCCAUCUCGAGCUGUGGAAGAACUUGACGACUCGCAGUUUGCUAGGCUCUUGAAAGUCUGCUCCGACUCCAAAGAUCUGGUCAAGGGGCGACUCAUCCACGAUCAGAUCCGGCACAGCAGGUACCGCGACAAUACUUUCCUCGCCAACUUACUCGUCCAGAUGUAUGGAAAAUGCGGAAGUACUACGGAGGCUCGCAGAACGUUCGACUCCAUUGCUCGGCCCAACGAGUUCUCGUGCAACAUGCUCAUCGCAGCUUAUGCCAGCAACGGGCAGAUCGACCAGGCGGAGGCGGUUUUCGACUCGAUGGGCGACAAGAGCGUAGUAUCCUGGACGUCAAUGCUCUCGGGUUAUAUCAGGCACAGGAGGAUCAGAGACGCCGAGAGGAUCUUCCACAGGAUGCCCGACCGGAACCUGGUAACGUGGACGACGAUGCUAUCGGCAUACACCCAGAACGGGUAUCUGGACGAAGCGAGGUGCCUGUUCGAGCGAAUGCCAAGCUGUGACAUGGUGGCUCUGACGGCUAUGCUGAGAACUUAUGCCGAGAAUGGCUACCUGGAAGAGGCUCGUAGCAUCUUUGACGGCAUGCCAGUACAGGAUAUUGUUUCGUGGACGACGAUGGUUCAAGCGUAUGCUCAAGCUGGGGAAAUCAGCCAAGCUCAGCAUCUGUUCGACGGAAUGCCCGAGCGGAACGUCGUGUGCUGGACUGCUCUGCUGCAAGGCUACGCCGAGACUCAGCAGCUGAACAGCGCUCAGAAGAUCUUCGACGGGAUGCCGCAGUAUGACGUUCUCUCCUGGGCGACGCUGAUGACCGGCUACGCUCAAAACGGGCACCUGGAAAGAGCCAAGGAGAUCUUCGACGCAAUGCCGGUGACGAGCAUCGUUCCAUUCACGAUCAUGGUCAGUGCUUACAACGAGAGGGGUCUUCUCGAGGACUCCAAGAGCGUCUUCGACGUGAUGCCGUGCUGGGACAUGGUGAGCUGCUGCUCCAUGGCCGUGGCUUACAUCCGAAAGGGUCACCUCCGGGAAGCUCAAGACAUGUUUGGCAACCUCCAAGAGCACACGGUGGAGUCGUGGACUGCGAUCUUCCAGGCGUAUGCCCGCGACGGGUACCUCGAGCAGGCCAAGUUUAUGCACGACAGGAUGCCUUUCCACGACAGCGUCUCUUCCACUAGCUUGGUCAUCGCCUACGCCCAGCACGGUUAUCUGGACGAGGCCAGGAGCUUGUUCGACGUUAUGCCGGAGAAGAACAUCGUUUCCUGGACCGCCAUGGUCGGAGCUUACGCUCAAACUGGCAGAAUCAGCGAGGCCCGAGCUCUCUUCGAUGGCAUCCCCGAGCAAGAUACAGUCCCCUGGAACGCGGUCAUUUCCGGCUACUCGAGAACUGGCCGAGGGAGGAUCGCCAUCCAGCUUUUCCACGAGAUGUUGCUCGAGGGACUCAAGCCCAACGAGAUAUCCUUGCAGAGCGUUAUGGCGGCGUGCAGCCAUGUUGGCCUGGUGAAGAGAGGCCUGCAGUACCUGUGCUCGGCCACUCACGACUUUGGCAUCGUUUGUGCGAGGGAGCACUUUGCGUGCCUUGUGGACGUUCUCGGGAGGGCUGGCCAGUUUAGAGACGCUCGGGAGCUCAUCUUUCGAAUGCCUUUCAAGUCGGACUUCGUUUCCUGGACGACUCUCGUUGGCUCCUUUCAGUCCAACGCAGCUCAGUUCUUCCCAGCAAAGGCGAGGAGCUACACUGAAGAUCCAGAGGAGCUCAAACUUGGGAACUCUGUCCGCCGGUAAUGGACAAUUGACGA